UAGAGAUAGUUCAAGCAAAACGAUACUUGUGUUUAUAACGAUAAGUAAAGCGGCCUGUACAUAUUACAAAUUAUAAUAUUUACAAAGGAUUUUAUCAUUUUAACAAGUUAUAAAAAUAGGUUGAAGUGCGUUAAACGUACAUUAAAAGUAAAUAUGCCAGGAAAGAAUAAUAGAUACAACGAUUUGAUGGAAAAUGAGUCUACAACCGAAGAAGGAAACACAACUUUCAAAUACGCUGGCUUUUUACCGAUACCUGCAGUUUUAAGUUUAAUUUUGUUUCUGGUUGGAUUUGUGACCCCCGGAUGGGCGUGUGUGGAAAUAUUAGGACAAUAUGUUGGCUCCGGAUUGUGGUAUAGUUAUGUGUGUGGGGCGAGAUCAGAUUGUGAAAUAAAAUGGUUUCCUAGUCAACAAGUGAAGUCAAAGGAUUUAGCAGAUGCAUUAGAGAAUUAUAUGGUGAAAUAUCGAGUGAUGGCAAGUUUAGCUUUGGUCUUCCAAAUAUUUGCAACUAUCUCGGCAUUGUUGGCCAUUAUACCAAAGACGAACUUGAAACAAUACCUGUUUACAUUUAUUUGCAUCUGUAACUUCUGUUUGUUUUUAUCAGCAAUUUUCAGUCUGGUCACAUCAGGAAUGUAUGCACACCAACUCAUCAAGUCAAUGAUCGUGGUCAAGAAAUACGAACACAUUUUAGGAAAGACCCCUUACACGUUUCCCUAUUCAUUGUUCGUGUUUGGCAUCGGAGGAAUCAUUUCCGCCUUGACAAUGUUUUUCAUCAUGGGAACAGUUUUCAUCAAGCGUUUGACAGUUAAUGGACCAAUCGGAAGUACCUUCCAAAUGUCUUAGUGUACUAUGCAUAUAUAUUUAUACACGAAACAAAGUUCUAAAAAUAUAGCAAUAAUAUGUCUUAGUGUACUAUGCAGAUGUCUUUAUACAUGAAACAAAGUUCUAAAAAUAUAGCAAUAAUAUGUCUUAGUGUACUAUGCAUAUGUAUUAAUACAUGAAACAAAGUUCUAAAAAUAUAGCAAUAAUAUGUCUUAGUGUACUAUGCAUAUGUAUUAAUACACGAAACAAAGUUCUAAAAAUAUAGCAAUAAUAUGUCUUAGUGUACUAUGCAGAUGUCUUUAUACAUGAAACAAAGUUCUGAAAAUAUAGCAAUAAUAUGUCUUAGUGUACUAUGCAUAUGUAUUAAUACAUGAAACAAAGUUCUGAAAAUAUAGCAAUAAUAUGUCUUAGUGUACUAUGCAGAUGUCUUUAUACAUGAAAC